AUGAGCAGCAAGAGCACCAAAGAGAAAGGGGGAGGCAAGCGCAAGUCCAAGAAGGCCAAGAAAGGCUCCUCAAAGGAAGGCAGCUCGAGAUCCAGAAGCAAAGAGAAGGCUGGCAAGGCUAAGUCCAGCAAGGAGAAGGUGGGCAAAGGAAGCAAGGAGAAGGCGGACAAAGGCAGUAAGGAGAAGUCGAGCAAGGAGCGGGGCUCCAAGAGGCAAAGCAAGGAAAAGAGCGGCAAGGAGAAAGACAACAAGGAUAAGCAAAGUAAAGAACAGCAACAAAGCAAGGAGAAACACAACAAGAAUAAGCACGGAAGCAAAGAAAAGCAUAGCAAGAACAAGCGGAGUAAGGAGUCCAAUAUCACCCUCGGCGAGGUUCGUGCCGCGCUGCAUAAGCUCCGCACCACCUCCACACCGGGGGCCGACCAAAUCUCUAACAAGGCCCUCCGUAAUCUGGAUACCCCGUCCCUCGAGGCCAUCACUGACCUCUUUAAUAAACAUUGGCAUGAAAGCACUCUGCCUUCCGAGUGGACCCACGCUAAGCACGCCAGGUUCCUGCACGCUUUCUCGGCAGUACUUACAGAAGUGGUUGAGGAGCUCGAGGACAUUGUAACGGUCGCACCCGACCGCACCUCCCCAUAUGCCCACUUCAAAACCACGGUUCUGCAACGCAAGUCCGUGUCUGUGCGCUGGUGCCUCCAGCAGCUUCUCCAUGAAGAGGACCUCGACUGA